AAUAGUUUAUUUAUUUCUGGUUUUCUCCUUAGCAGCAGAAAUGGUCCGUUUCUCUUCUGUUGGACGACUGUUUUUGCUUCUGCAAUUACUUCCAGGAAUUCUAGCUUGGGGAAAGGAAGGACACUAUGCUAUAUGCAAAAUAGCUGAGGGACUUAUUAAUCAAGAAGCUGCUGCUGCCGUGAAAGUUCUGCUCCCAGAAUACGCGGAAGGUGAGCUUGCUGCUGUUUGCUCCUGGGCUGAUGAGAUUCGCUUCCACUAUCACUGGAGUGGGCCUUUGCACUAUAUAGACACACCAGAUUUCAUGUGUAACUAUGAAUACUGCAGGGACUGUCAUGACUCCUCGAGACGAAAAGAUAGGUGUGUCACUGGAGCAAUUUACAACUAUUCAGAGCAGUUAACAACUUAUCAAGAUCCUAUUUUAAAAUCGAAAUAUAAUUUGACAGAGGCACUGAUGUUCUUGUCACAUUUUAUUGGAGAUGUCCAUCAGCCGCUUCAUGUUGGUUUCACUGGAGAUGAAGGUGGGAACACUAUAAUGGUCCAUUGGUACCGAAGGAAGUCCAAUUUACACCAUAUAUGGGAUACCAUGAUCAUCGAGUCUGCCCUGAAGACAUUCUAUGAUUCAGAUCUUGCAGUAAUGAUACAAGCCAUUCAGAGGAAUAUAUCAGAUGGUUGGUCUUCAGACAUUUCGUCAUGGGAAAAUUGUGUUUCAGGAUAUGUUGCUUGUCCAGACCCGUAUGCUUCUGAAAGCAUUAGUUUGGCUUGCAAGUUUGCUUACAGGAAUGCAACACCAGGAAGCACUCUCAAAGAUGAUUAUUUCCUCUCUCGGUUGCCUAUUGUGGAGAAGAGGCUGGCCCAAAGUGGGGUCCGUUUGGCAGCCACCCUGAACCGUAUCUUCACUUCCCAGCCGGCCGUCUCAGAAGUGUGACCCACAGGUGGAGGAGAGAGAGAGAGAGG